GCGGUGGGGUAAGUGGCCUACCGAAGUUGUCUAACCCGCCCCUCCCCGCCGAAGUUGCGCCUCCCAUUCAGCGACUUUCCGCCGUGUGUAAUUAUGUGUUGAUGCCGUCCAUCCCAUCUUCUGUCUGCUGAAGCAAAUUCAAACCAACUUUUUAUUUCUAGAGGUACUUUUAAAAUGGCUUACACGACCGCAGGCGGGACCAAGAAGAAGGUCUGCUACUACUACGACGGUGACAUAGGAAAUUAUUACUAUGGACAGGGGCACCCCAUGAAACCACAUCGUAUCCGGAUGACCCACAACUUACUUCUGAACUAUGGACUGUACAGGAAGAUGGAGGUCUAUAGGCCACACAAAGCCACUGCAGACGAGAUGACAAAAUAUCACAGUGAUGACUACAUCAAGUUCCUCCGAUCCAUACGACCAGACAACAUGUCAGAGUUCAGCAAACAGAUGCAGAGGUUCAAUGUUGGGGAGGACUGUCCAGUAUUCGAUGGCUUGUUUGAGUUCUGCCAACUGUCUGCUGGUGGUUCGGCUGCUGGCUCAGUGAAGCUGAACCGACAGCAGACAGACAUUGCAGUGAAUUGGGCAGGAGGACUCCACCAUGCAAAGAAAUCGGAGGCCUCAGGGUUCUGUUACGUCAAUGACAUUGUGCUGGCCAUCCUGGAGCUGCUCAAGUACCACCAGAGGGUGCUGUACAUCGACAUAGACAUCCACCAUGGAGAUGGAGUGGAGGAGGCCUUCUACACAACAGACAGAGUUAUGACUGUGUCCUUCCAUAAAUAUGGGGAGUACUUCCCUGGAACUGGUGACCUUCGGGAUAUUGGAGCUGGAAAAGGCAAAUAUUACGCUGUCAACUUCCCACUGCGGGAUGGCAUAGAUGACGAGUCAUAUGAGCAAAUCUUCAAGCCUGUGAUGGCUAAGGUGAUGGAGAUGUACCAGCCCAGUGCUGUGGUUCUUCAGUGUGGUGCAGACUCUCUCUCAGGAGACCGCCUUGGCUGCUUUAACCUCACCAUCCGAGGGCAUGCCAAAUGUGUGGAAUACAUCAAGUCCUUCAACCUGCCACUGCUCAUGCUGGGUGGAGGAGGAUACACCAUUCGAAAUGUGGCCCGAUGCUGGACCUAUGAGACAGCUGUGGCUCUGGACACUGACAUCCCUGACGAACUGCCAUACAAUGACUACUUUGAGUACUUCGGGCCUGACUUCAAGCUCCACAUCAGCCCCUCCAACAUGACCAACCAGAACUCACAGGAAUAUAUGGACAAAAUCAAUCCGUGCUACAGAUAAGAGAAUAGCCUGUGACGAAGAGUUCUCAGACUCUGAGGAUGAAGGGGAGGGAGGCAGGAGGAACACAGCCAAUCACAAGAAAGGAGCCAAAAGGCCCAGAGUGGACGAGGACAAACAGGAAGGAGAGGAGAAGAAAGCUGAUAUAAAAGAAGAAGAGAAGACAAAAGACAGCAGUGCUGAGAAGACUGACUCAAAGAGUGUGAAAACUGAGCAGACCAGCAGUACCUAAAGUGUUCUUAUCCAAAGAUCUUAACUGGUGCUGUCGAGCCUCAAGGAUCCUGCACUUCCCCAAAACACCAUUAAGAAGCAUUAUAUUUAUUAUGACUCUUUGUUUUCUACUUGUAAAUUGUCUCUUUGUGUUGUGUGUCAGUGGUUAUCCUGAAUUCAGCCCUUGAAUUUUCCAGAUUUGGUGCUUAUUAAACGAUGUGAAUCCAAUGUGCUUAAUCUUCUGAAUCAGCUCUUUUGUCGUUAAACAAGAGUUUAAACCCUUACGUGAACCUGUAAUGAUUUUACAGCUGAAUUUUGAUAUUUUGUGUUUGUUAAUAAAAAAAAAUUUAUACUGUUG